AGUCCGAAGCAAGCUCGCGUCAGGAACGCCCGCGUCUGUUCCGACCCUCAGUAUUUCUCCGUAAAUUUUUAAUAUCGAUGUUUGAACGCGCCUUCUCGACACAAUAAAACACUUAUUCGAUAAAUUCCCUGUAUAGUAUGUUUUUUAUUAACGUGUGAAGGUUUCUAUAUGUACAUGGAUUAUAGUGUGAGUGCGUUUUAACGCUGUGUCUUUAAGUUUUGAAGUAUAUGGUAGAGAUUUCUAGGCGGGCGUACUGAAACUUAUUCAUCAGGGAGAAGCGGCAUGGCAUGAGCGGCCGCGUGGGCGCGACAUGCGGCGAGCGCCGCUCGCGCUGCCCGCCGCCGUCACUCUUGCGCUAUCCUUACUUCUGCGCUUCGUGGAUGCUGGUUCGAUGGGUCCGGGUGUGCCCGAAAAUAUAACGGUUACAUUUUUGAACCCGACCACGGUACGCGUCUCUUGGUCGACGACGGCGGAUCUCGUGGAAAAGUAUGACGUCACGUACAAGCCUUCAGACGCAAGUUACAGAGUGGUGUUGGAAGUGGCUGGCAAUUCAGACGCAGUCAUUCUAAGUGGGCUGGAGGCAGAUACGCAAUAUCAGGUUACAGUCGCUGCCCUUUGGGGCGGCCACAAGUACAGAAGCAGGCCUAUUGUCUUCCGCACGCUGGAGCCUCCGCGGACGUCGCCUCAGCAGGAUGGGGGGUUGGGAACACCCCGCUCCUCAGUGUCACCGCCUGACCCGUCACCCACAUUUCCAACGAUACGAGGUGUGGAGAUUGGCAUCGUAGUAUUAGUACUUAUCGUAUGGAUAGGUGCCAUCGUACUAUUUUUCAAUCGAUGGGGAAAAAUCCGUAUGUUACUCCCGUAUCAGCCAGAUUACAAACAGGAACAGUUAAAGGUGCCAGGAAGCAGCGCUUUAGCUGCUGCAACAGCUGGAGGCACUUGUGGAGCUCACUCGGCACCUUCGGCGUGUUCGGAUAUUGGAAAUCAUUCGGAUCACAUGCGCUGGUCCCACACACACACACAAAGCCUGGAGUGUGAGGAGCGCUUAUUAGCGCGGUGUAAUCGUCCGCGCGUCAACUCCGCUAUCUUCGUAUCCACCGAGCCCACAAGCUUCGCCGGCUUUGAUCCAGGGGAAUUCCUCAGGCGACACGGGUCACAAUCGAAAUUGUGCCGUAAAGCAAGAUCUGCAGAUAACAUACCGCUUACAACGAUGAGCGAUUCAUCAGAACGACUUUGUAAAGUCAAGGCACCGCGGGAAGAAACCAUCAAUGAAGAAGCAAAGUCAGAUGACAGUGGUAGUGUUGAUACGGUAAAGCACUUCGGCUUACCGAUCCUGUCGGUAUCGGGCCCUUCCCCCCCAGAUGAGGACUACGAUCAAAUAGAUGAGUAUCUGUAGCAUUUCCAUACAAGUUUCCAGCUGAAAUACGUGCUGGAAAAGAUGAGGCCGCCUUGGCCUAGUCCCGCACAAAGUCCUUAAGAGAAAGGACGGACUUUAGCAUCGUUUUCGCAUUGGACUUCAUGAACAAAAUCGUGUUUCUCUUUGAGUGUGUGCUGUGCUAAUUUAAUUUCAUAUUGUGUGUUUAAAGAACUAUUUUUAAACAUCGCUGCUCCACAACGAAUUUUGUAGACUUUUCCUGAGGUCACAUGUAAGCAUGACCUGUGUCGCGACCUAAAGUGUGUCUUGAAGAGGGACCAUAGACGAUGGGAGUUUUGUCAUCUAUUCUAAUAGUUUUACUAUAGGCCGUAAUAACCAUAUCUCUAUUGAGUGUAUACAUAAAUUAAUCAGUAAUCUAAUUCUUAUUGCAACUUAUAUCUAUUAAGAUCUGCACAAUAAAUUAACGAUCUGUCAACAUUUUAACUGUGCCACUUUUAAUAAUACAAUCUAUAAAUUUAAAAAAAAAUGUCUAUAAUGGUAUUUUCAUAAGCAAUUUUCGCGUAAGUAUAAAUUAGGUAGUGCAUUGCAAUGUAAUAAAGUAUCUUCAAUGUCUCAUAUUGUAUUUUAGUUUUAGUGUAUUUCAAUAGAAAUAAUCUUGUCGAUUGUCUAUAGUUGUAACUGCAUUUGUCUUGAAGACUAAAUAUAUCUAUGUAGUGAAUAUUAGCGUAGAUUUGAAGGUUGAACUUUGGUCCAAUGAAUUGUAUUAUCUGCACUCAUGAUGUUCUAGAUAAAUAAGCGAAUGAUGACGUCUAUAAGAUAACAUCCGAUUGUAAUUAAUCUUCGGUGGGUUCAUUCGUCUAUAUUGAAUAGUCAUAAAUGGAUGUUUACGAAUAAACUAUCUAAAUAAAUAAUAAAAUUUAAAAACUGUAUCUUAAAUGUAAUUAUUCUAUUAAUGAUAAGUCAAUUAAUCCAUAUAUUGUAGAUAAAGGUGUUUGAGAGAUGGCACUACAUAAGUAUACUUGAAAAUUACACUAUACAUAUGUAUUCUUAUAAGAUUCUCAACUGGUGUUAAGGGACCACAUGGUAUGGUUAGCGGAUUAGUGGUAAUUGUAGCUUUGUGGGACAUUUUGCCCCGAUACCAGUUUUGAAGCUAAGACGACGUUAUUCCCUCCACUAUUUAUAGUUCACCAUUCUCUGGUUUCGAUGUUUGUCAUUCAAAAAGUCCAGUAUAUACAUGUAUGUACAUUUAUAUAUUACUGUGUAUCUUAAAACCAUUUUAUCAUAAGCUUUGAUAAAUUUCCUUCCUCUUCUCCUUCGGUGAUAGUAUUUAAAGGGACGAUUUAAUGUUAAAAAUUUGAUAAAGACGCUGAUACGUUUAUUGUCUUCGUUCAAUAGCUGAACUUAUUAAAUAGUGUAUUUUUUUUAAAGUUAUGCCGUCGGUACGUAUUUUAAUUUAAUAGAAGCGAGAUUUUUGUGUUAAGUUACUGCUUCAUAAUUUGGAAAUUAUCUUCAAAAUUGGCAUUAUUUUCUGCAAUCUGAUUUUAGAUCCAAUAAUAAUACAGCAAAGCAAUUGCGUCAUAUUAUAUGUCAAACACACGUACAAAUACAAAUUAUUGUCAGCCAAAUACGUUUUUGAACAAAUAUUCUGUUUCAUAUUAUUAUUAGUGCGAGUAAAAUGACACUUGCGUUUCGUUUGUAAAGCUAUAUUGUAUCACAAACGAAAAAAAAAUCCACGUGUGUAUAAUAAGGCCUCGAUCAUACUACAGACUAAGCAAUCUGUCAAAUAAAAAAACGAUAGCUCAGUUUAUUUAGGUGACUCAACUAUCGACUUCGAAUCAUUAGAUUGUAACAAAAUAAUCGAUUACAGAAUCAACUAGGUCAAGUCUGUAGUCUGUGUGGGCCCUUAGAGUGAUGUGUUUCGUGUUAUUUGCAUGUGUGAUAUUUUCGACAGUCGAUUCGUAGAUGUAGGUGUGAUGUGAGAAUUUAUUAAUAUUUUAGUAUAUCAUAGACUUAUCGAAUAGCCUUAUUCAAAUAGUGAGUUUAUAAUAUCUUCAACGAUUUAUAUCUUAGUGAAUAUCUUGAAUCCCUCAUUACGUCUAUAAUUAGCCUAUUAAAUAUUUCAUAGUCGUCUUGUGCCAAUAUUAAUUGCUAGUUUUUUUUCGCUGUUUCUAUCAUAACUGAAUUUAGUGUUACUCGAUUUUAUAUAAAACCAUCAAUUGUUUUCAUGACAAUUUUGUUACGAAUGUAUUUAUCGUAUUAAUGUAUAAGCUUGAUUACAACUAUAUUUGGAUUUUAUUUAUUAGUAAAGCAAUUAGCUAUCGAAUUAUGUUUCCAUUUAUUAUUAAUAAUACCGAUACUUAGUUUUUAUUUUAUUUUCUUACAUAAAAAUUUAAUAAGGUAUUUAAAAUAGAGCGUAGCUUUUACAUGAUAUUAGUAUGCGUAUUUAAAAUGUAGUCUUACUUAAAAUUUGUACAUAUCUAUAAUGGUCACUAUUGUAAUGCUCAUUACUCGUUUGUAAAUUACAUAAAUCCUAAUGUAAUUGUAAAAUAAUUAUUUAUAUUCUUAAAACGUCUAUUUACUAUCACAAUGAAAUAAAAUCUUUAAAAAUU